AUGAAACGGCACGAUCGAAGCCACAGGGAUAACCUGAAGAUUGUUGAUGGUGACCGGGGUUUUGAACGAUUUGGCCGGUAAGAAAUUAAAAAAAUUCUUGAUGUUAUUUCGUAGUAUGAAGCGAAUCGGACUUGAUGUCGACUUGAUUCACUUUAUGAUUGGUUUUUAACAUUCAGCUUGAUUCACUUUAUGAUUGGUUUAACAUUCAGCUUGAUUCACUAUGAUUGGUUUAACAUUCAGCUUGAUUCACUAUGAUUGGUUUAACAUUCAGCUUGAUUCACUUUAUGAUUGGUUUAACAUUCAGCUUGAUUCACUUUAUGAUUGGUUUAACAUUCAGCUUGAUUCACUUUAUGAUUGGUUUAACGCUGUUUUGUUGCGUUUAAUUUUUCAGGUUUAACAAUACUCUGUUUUACUCAUUUUAUUUUGUACUAACCUGAUUGCAGUCUCUCCCCUUAUUACCCCUGGUUUAACAUUCAGCUUGAUUCACUUUAUGAUUGGUUUAACAUUGAGGGUCUUGAGAUGAACACACACAAAGAAAAGUUUCCUCUAAUAAAUAGCUAUUUCCCUCUUAAACCAAUUUAGAGACUAAUGACCCCAACAAUUCAAAAAGAUAGAAACUGCUGUAGUUAACAAUUAGACAUCAACUUUUGUGGAAAGCGCUGCUAGAUACAAGCUGUAGUCUCCUUUAAGUUAAGACAGCUUUUCAAUUAUUCAAAAUAGUAAAUCUUAGUUGAUGAUCAAAAUGAAAUGAAUAUUUUUAAAUUUAAAAAGUCAUGUUCAGUUUGAUCUAAAUUGUUUCUUAACAUUUUAAACUUUACUCUAAACAAAUUGCUGUCAAAGAGUUUUUUUUAGUGUAUUGGCCUCUGUAUAUUAAUAUUGGCCUCUUUUUAUCAAUAUUAUCUGUUGUAAAAUGAUUGACAGAUGUUUGUGGCAUGAGUUUUCCUCUGUCAAUGGCAUGCAUCGGACAUAAUUGCAAGGGUUAAUUUAUCAGUUUGUAUAGAAUUAAAUUUAGAAAUAUGGUGUUAUAAUAUCAUCCUUACAACUUUUUCUGAUAGAGAACCAAUGUAACAAAAGAUUUUUUUAUUUUUUUUGGUUUGCUUGAUUUUCUUUUUGUAUAUAUCUCUUACCGUAGCGAAUUGGCUGACGUCCAUUCUACAUCCUGGCAAGAAUACUGGCCAUUCCUUGAUGCAUUCGCUGACCUCAGAUCCGAAAAGGGCCUAGAAAAAUUAGAGAACUUCUUUCAGAAGCAGAGAACCGUCAUCUCCAUGCAGACUUUCCUCAAGUCCCGGACAGACUUUGUGGAAGCCCUGCCCUAUCAAGUGGGUCAGCAGUUCAUUCUGAAGCAGAGAGCAAGCUCAAAGCUGGAUGACAGCGGUGGCGAGAAUAAC